AUGAGCGAAACAUCAACCACGUUAUUACACGUUCGAAAUUAUCCUCGUCCAUCAAAAGUUCAUAAGAGAAAUUCUCUCAACUCGCAUUCUAAAUUUUCACAAAUUUUCUCGAAACUCCCUCGAGCUGUAUUAAAUUUCGAUGAACAUUCAUCUUUAUCUUCAACACGACGAGGUCGAACUUUGAGCCUCGACUCAGUGACAACAACUAUUAGGCCGGAGAAUAACUCAAUGUCUAAUGAUAAGUAUUUUUCCCCCCAUAAAAACGAAGAAGCGUCGACGGCAAUGAUGAGUUUUCUACUUGGUGCUCCUGAUUUUAAAAAAUCAAAAGAAAUCAUGAUGCCUGCCAAAUUCAACAAAUAUUCUAUGCCCAAAAUUCAGAAACCUAAGCCCAAAUACCGAUUUAUUUUAGCUGAAGCUCCCAAAGAAAUUUUGGAAGAAAUAAAUGAUGAAAAGUUCAAAUCUUCAGCUACUAUUAUGGCGAUUUCAUCAAUCCUUAAUGAUAACACACAAUCACCCCAAACAUCACAAAAUCGUCAUAAAAAUCGUGUUCAUUCGCGCAAAAAUCCUUAUCCAGUGCGAUCAUUGCAAAGUUCAGAGGCAAUUACCUUUAAAUUAGACACAUUUAAAUUGAAGCCACCACCCCCAAUUGAAAAUCAAGAAAUUCCAAAUACAAUUAAUUUCUCUUCGCAUUCUUCGGCUGAAUCGUCAGCGCCUGCCAGUCCAAGACUGGAACCCAAAAAGAAACAACAAAAUAUCAAAUCACCACGACCGAAACGUGAAGGUGUCAUGAAAGUUAAACAACGACGUCGUAAGGGCAAUUCAUUGGCGCGAGUCUUGGCAGAUUCCGGUAUAAUAGAAUCACCAUUUGUCCAAUUGGGAUCAACGUUAGAAGUAAAUGGCGAGAUUAAGCCAUUACGCUUGCCACUUGCUCCUCAAAUGGAAUUCUCAAAACUUCUUAAAGAACUUCGGGAUCUAUCAUUGGAUAGUCGUGGUCUAAGCACACAACCUGUCAUGACAUGGAAAACUGGACCGCUCUCGAUCGAACAUCUUGCACAUUUUAAUGAAUUACAUCCAACUGAAGCUUACGUCGCAUCUGUAUUACGUUUAACUCCUGUCCAAUACUUCAACGCAAAGCAUUCAUUAAUAACAGCAUCGCGUCGAUAUGAAGGACGGACUUUACCAUUUAGAAAAAGUGAUGCGCAAAAAAUCCUACGAAUAGAUGUCAAUAAGGCAAGCAAAUUGUGGGAAUUUUUCCAUCAAUUAAAUUGGCUUUAA